UCGUUUCCCGCUGUCCAAGAUCGUUUCGCGAUGGGAAGAGCCAACCUCCACACUUGCAAUUGGUUGAUCGCCUCCGAGAAGUGAAACGGCUGCUCGCGUUGCUCUCCAAAUCCCGUCGAAAUGGCGGCUCUCGCGGCCUCUAUUGGCCUUCGUCCUAAGCCUCCGAGCUCUCUCAAGUCUUUUCCUUAUACACUUUUUCGUAGGAUUCAGUGCUCCAUCGAGGAUCUCAAGGGCCAGAGAGUUGCGGUUGUAGGCCUAGGUGUUUCUGGGAGAGCUGCGGUUAAGCUUGCACUUUCUAGAGGUGCUUCUGUUCUUGCGAUCGAUAAAAAUGAGCAAAUGGUUCCUCUGGAGAGAGAUCCUCAGUUUGUGGAAUAUGCUGAUUUGCAAACCAUGCUUGGUUAUUGUGACAACAUGCACCUUGCUAAUGCAGAUAGAAUAGUUGUAUCUCCUGGGGUUCCCCUCCAGGAGUAUGACCUUUCCUCUUUGCUGCAUUCUGGAAAGCUAGUGAUGUCUGAACUGGACUUUGCAGCUGAAGCAUUGCCUCAGAGCAUGAAGAUUUUAGCAGUGACAGGAACAAAUGGAAAAUCCACCGUCACUACUUUUGCUGGACAGAUGCUUCAUCAUUUUGGCAUUGAAAUCUUUGUUGGAGGGAACCUUGGAAAGCCACUCUCAGAUGCUGCCUUCCUCUGUUUGCAUGCAAAUUCCAUUGAGGAUAUGAUUCAGGUUGCUGUGGUGGAGGUCAGUAGCUACCAGCUAGAAAUUCCAACCAAAUACUUCUCCCCAUCAGUUGCAGUCUUUCUAAAUCUCACUCCUGAUCAUCUAGAGAGGCACAAGACGUUGAAGAAUUAUGCUGAAACAAAAUGCCGUUUGUUUUCUCAUUUGAAGCAUAACAAGCUUGCGAUCCUCCCCGUUGGAAAUCAAUACGUGGAGGAAGCUUACAGCAAAUAUACUGAUAAGUGCAAUCUAGCUUGGAUUGAAGGAAACCCAGGCAUUAAGACUGAUUUUGGGUCAAAGGUCGCCACAUUUAGCUUUCCUACAACUGGGAUUGUGACACAUCUACAACUAGGAGAUCUAAAGGCAAUAGGGGCCCACAAUCAUAGUAAUGCAGCUGUGGCUGCAUUUUCAGUUCUUGGGUUGGAUGUUGGAAUUGAUUGUGACUUCAUUAAAUCCACAGUGGGUAUUCUCAGUAUUCUGCCACAUCGGAUGCAAGUAGUUUGCAUAGAUGCACAUGGAAUAACAUGGGUGGAUGACAGCAAGGCAACAAAUGUUGAAUCAACCUUGACAGGAUUAAAGGGUUUAAAAGAACAUAAUGCUGUUGUUCUUCUUGGUGGUGUUGCAAAGGCUUUGAAUGAUCGAGAAUCCAAUGGUUUUGAACAACUAAUAGACGAUCUUAAACACCACAAAGGUGUUAUCACGUUUGGAUCAUCAGGUGCAAUGAUCCAGAAAACACUCUGUGAUGGUGGUCUAGAAGUUCCUUGUGUCAGAGCCAUGAAUCUUAAACAAGCUGUGGAUAUUGCCAAAAACAUGGCAACAUAUGGUUUGGCUUUUUUCUCUUUGAAGCAUACUUGUAGUCUUUAUCAGGAACCAAAGUUGUCUAGUUUUGGACAUUUUGCUUUUUUCCUUCCUAUUAAAAGAUUUAGGUGCAAGUAGGAGCUUCCGUCUUCCUAUUUUUUCUUGUUGCUGUUGGAACUAAGAAAUAUUUAUCUUUUAUAGCAAUUCUCCUUUGCAAUGCAAUUUUUCAUUGGUUUUACAAGUAAGUCCAAAUUUUUAUCUUCAGAGAAUUAGCUGUAGUCUGGAUAUUUCAGUUGCCACAUGCUCUUGGGGCUUUGGGUUUUAGAUAUAGAAACCCUAAAAAAACUGUAAAAAGAGUUUGAAUGUUGUGGACAACAUUCAUGUAGCAGACCCCAUAUAGUUGGGACCUUAUGAUUUGCUGUUGUAGACACACACAUCUAAUGAAAAAAGGGCACGGUUUGUAAAAGUGGAAUGAUCUAGCCUACUUUGUCCGUAACUAGUAUUAGUUUACUGACAGUCCUUUUGACUUGUCUUUCAGAGUAAAACAAACCUUGCUUAGCUUUCUAAAUAUUCUAUGAAAUCUUUCCUUCAUUGUGAUGCAUCAUUGUAUCCAUUGUUUUUUGCUGAAUGGUAACCAAUGCACAUAAAUCACUUUGCUGUAUUUAUUAUUAAGAUCACAUGACAGUAUACUUAUGAUAAAUUUUAACUUUUUCAGGGGCUGCAUGUUUGGUUAUAUGCUGUUUUAUAUUUUCUAUUCCAUCAAAGCUUCUAUGUUUGGUUAGAUUCUUAAGAGAAGCUGAUCAAAUAUUUGUGUUAUGUUUAGGUGAUACAAUUCUUUUGAGUCCAGGAUGUGCUAGUUUUGAUGACUUCAGAAACUUUGAACACCGAGGAGAAGUCUUCCGAGAAUUAGCAUUGUUGUCAUAGCUUAUUUAGUGCUUUACUGAAGCCUCUAGUUAAGAGGGGCUGUAGCCUGUCCUACUUGUUUGGAAUCAGUCACAUGCUUUCUUUGUUAUAUUCUGAGUAAUAACUCAGGACGUCAGAAUUUUUUCCCCUUCCGGCCUCUGUUUGAGUGGCCAGAAUGUAAUGAAGCAUAAUAAUCUGUACUAAAACUUUAGUUCUAUUUUGAAAUUUAAUAUGCUUAUAUUCAUUGUUUUGUAA